CCCGACAGCUGCGAGUAACCAGUUACAAUAGUUCGUGCUGUCGGAUGCUCGCUGUUAAUCUCCCAGUAAGCUGAGAGGGCUUGACCUGAUUGAUUCCAACACACAUGCCUCGAACCCUAAAGUGUACUUGAAGACCCAGACUCUGGCUAUCCUUAGCUCUGAUACUGGCUCUAGCCUUUUCCGGACUGGUCUUUGUUAGGCACAGGCUGACUCCGACUCCUUUUAGGCACCGACUCUGAGUAACUCUCUGGAUUACAGUGGCUCUUUUACAGGGAGUUCAGGGAAGGAUUAAACUCAUGAUCUUACAGCCGGGCUCAUAAUCUAUCAACCACUACACUAAACUACUGAACAGUAUUCCAGAAGGGCUUAACCUGAUUGAUAUUCCCAGCAAGACAAUUCAAGAUCCAUCUACCCAGUCAACAGAGGUCAAAGCAACAAUGGUGAACCUCCAGGCCGUCCAGGCGCACAAUGCGGCCCUCAAAUCCCUGAGCUCAGAUCUCGUCGCGGUUUUUGUCGGUGGCACCUCGGGCAUCGCCCUGUCAACCGCCCUCGCCUUGACCCGUCACACCCCUUCACCCAAGAUCUAUCUCAUUGGCCGCAACCAGUCCGCGGCCGAUACAGCCAUCGCUUCUAUGAAAACCAUCAAUCCUUCCGCCCAGCCAACAUUUCUCCAAACCGACAUAUCCCUCCUCAAGAAUGUCGACAGCGUCUGCGCCCAGAUCGCGGCACGAGAGAAAAAGGUCAACCUGCUUUUUAUGACACCGGGAUAUCUGACGCUGAAAGGGCGAGACGAGACAAUCGAAGGCCUGGACCGCAAAUUUGUGCUGCAUUAUUACGCGCGAAUGCGGUUCAUCAACAACCUGCUUCCCCUCUUAAACGUAGCCGCUCAAGACUCUUCUGUCAACAACAACGCCAGAAUAUCCCGCGUUGUGUCUGUACUCGACCCGAUGGUCUCCGUCCGUACAGGUGGCCCCGGCACGCUCGACUUCUCGGACCUCAGUCUGAAGCACAGCUUUAGCCUCCAAAAGUGCGGCUGGCAUGCCAGUCUGAUGGGUAAUUUCUUUCUGGAGAGCAUGGCCCAGCACAACCCGCAGACCUCGUUCGUCCACGCGUACCCCUCUGGCGUGGCCACGGGCGUGUUACGGGAACUACCAGCUGGACGCGUGCUGUCAGCCGUGCUGAUGCCGCUAUUGAGACCGUUCAUGGUGCCCCUUGAGGAGAGUGGGGAGAGGCAUCUGUUUGCAGCGAUGAGUGGGAGAUAUCCUCCGAAGGCUGAGGGAGGGGAUGUGGAAGGAGAUGUUGCUGUUGGUAGCGAUGGGACCAAGGGGAGUGGGUGUUACUGGGUGAGUUGGGACGGUGAAACGUUUCCGCCACAAAAGAAGAUAGAAAAGACGAGGGCCGAGAGUGCGGUUGAGAAAGUGGUGCAGCACACAGAGGAGGUGUUCAAGCAGGUAUGCGAAGAGGGCAAGACAUACCCGUGAAUGCCUCAGCUGGUUGAGAUGAAACUACACCGUGGUCAGUUUUUGGGGCGAUAUAGUUGCCAGUUCAGGUUCAGAAAGCAGUGUGCAUGAUUCCAUUUUGGGCUAAUGUGGUGGAUUUGUGGUCAUGCCCGGGUUUCUUCUAAGUAUGUUAAUGGUAGUGUCUAAUCUUUUUGAAGUCCUCGAUGUGCAUUAGAGGCACAUAAUAUUUC